CUCUGGUCGGAGGCGGCGGUAAUGGCGGAUGGUGGGUUGUGGCGCCGGCGGCGGCUGCUGUGAGGGACGAUGAGUUCCUCCUUCGUGCCGAACGGGGCCAGCCUGGAAGAUUGUCACUGUAACCUCUUCUGCCUGGCUGACUUGACGGGAAUUAAAUGGAAAAGAUAUGUAUGGCAAGGCCCAACUUCUGCCCCCAUUCUGUUUCCGGUGACAGAGGAAGACCCCAUUUUGAGCAGUUUUAGUCGCUGCCUUAAGGCAGACGUACUUGGGGUUUGGCGGCGAGAUCAAAGACCUGGAAGAAGAGAAUUGUGGAUAUUUUGGUGGGGCGAAGACCCCAAUUUUGCUGACCUUAUUCACCAUGACUUGUCAGAAGAGGAAGAUGGAGUGUGGGAGAAUGGACUUUCCUAUGAAUGCCGUACUUUGCUUUUCAAAGCAGUUCACAAUCUGUUGGAACGGUGUUUAAUGAACCGGAACUUUGUACGUAUUGGCAAGUGGUUUGUAAAGCCUUAUGAAAAAGAUGAAAAACCUAUAAAUAAAAGUGAACACUUGUCCUGCUCUUUCACCUUUUUCUUGCAUGGAGACAGCAAUGUUUGUACCAGUGUGGAAGUUAACCAACAUCAACCUGUAUACCUUCUUAGUGAAGAACAUAUCACCCUUGCUCAACAGUCUAAUAGCCCAUUUCAAGUUAUCUUAAGCCCAUUUGGACUAAAUGGCACUCUCACAGGACAGGCAUUCAAGAUGUCCGAUUCAGCUACAAAAAAAUUGAUUGGUGAAUGGAAACAGUUCUAUCCUGUCUCAUCGUGUUUGAAGGAGAUGUCUGAAGAAAAGCAGGAAGAUAUGGAUUGGGAAGAUGAUUCUUUAGCUGCAGUAGAAGUUCUUGUUGCUGGUGUCCGAAUGAUCUACCCAGCAUGCUUUGUUCUAGUCCCUCAGUCAGACAUUCCUACUCCUAGCUCUGUGGGAUCCUCUCACUGUUCAGCUUCUUGCUUGGGUGUCCACCAAGUGCCUGCUUCCACAAGAGAUCCUGCUAUGUCUUCAGUUACUCUUACACCACCUACAUCUCCUGAGGAAGUUCAAACAGUUGAUCCUCAGUCUGCCCAGAAAUGGAUCACAUUUUCUUCAGUAUCUGAUGGCUUCAGCUCUGAUAGUACUAGCCAUCAUGGUGGGAAAAUACCCAGAAAAUUAGCAAAUCAUGUGGUGGAUAGAGUUUGGCAAGAAUGUAAUUUGAACAGAGCACAGAACAAGAGGAAGUAUUCGGCUUCAUCAGGUGGUCUAUGUGAAGAAGAGACAGCCGAUAAAGUAGCAUCCUGGGAUUUUGUUGAAGCUACACAAAGAACAAAUUGCAGCUGUUUGAGGCACAAAAAUCUCAAACCAAGAAAUCCUGGACAACAAGGACAGGCACCAACUUUAAGUCAGCAACAACAAGUACUUCCGAAGCACAAGACCAAUGAAAAGCAAGAAAAGAGUGAAAAACCACAAAAACGCCCCUUGACUCCUUUUCACCAUCGUGUAUCUGUUAGCGAUGAUGUUGGCAUGGACACAGAUUCAGCCAGCCAAAGACUUGUGAUCUCUGCUCCAGACAGUCAAGUGAGAUUUUCAAACAUCCGAACUAAUGAUGUAGCAAAGACUCCUCAGAUGCAUGGCACUGAAAUGGCAAAUUCACCUCAACCACCCCCACUUAGUCCUCACCCAUGUGAUGUGGUUGAUGAAGGAGUGACUAAAACACCUUCAACUCCUCAAAGUCAACAUUUUUAUCAAAUGCCAACACCGGAUCCCUUGGUUCCUUCUAAACCAAUUGAAGAUAGGAUAGACAGUUUAUCCCAGUCUUUCCCAGCUCAAUUCCAGGAAGCUGUAGAACCUACAAUAUAUGUUGGUACAGCAGUAAACUUGGAAGAAGAUGAAGCUAAUAUAGCCUGGAAGUAUUACAAGGUCCCAAAGAAAAAAAAUUUAGAGUUUUUACCACCUCAACUUCCAAGUGAUAAAUUCAAGGAUGAUCCAGUUGGACCUUUUGGACAGGAAAGUGUAACAUCAGUUACAGAGUUAAUGGUGCAAUGUAAGAAAACUUUAAAAGUUUCUGAUGAAUUAGUGCAGCAAUAUCAAAUUAAAAAUCAGUAUCUUUCAGCAAUAGCAUCUGAUUCAGAACAAGAACCUAAAAUUGAUCCAUAUGCAUUUGUUGAAGGAGAUGAGGAAUUCCUUUUUCCUGAUAAGAAAGAUAGACAAAAUAAUGAGAGAGAAGCUGGAAAAAAACACAAGGUAGAAGAUGUGCCAUCUAGUGUAACAGUGUUAUCACAUGAAGAAGAUGCUAUGUCAUUAUUUAGUCCCUCUAUCAAGCAAGAUGCUCCACGCCCUACUAGUCAUGCCCGUCCUCCAUCAACCAGUUUGAUUUAUGACUCAGACCUGGCUGUCUCUUAUACUGACCUUGAUAAUCUUUUUAAUUCCGAUGAAGAUGAACUGACACCUGGAUCUAAAAAAUCGGCGAAUGGAUCAGAUGAUAAAUCCGGCUGCAAGGAAUCAAAGACAGGAAAUCUGGACCCAUUAUCUUGCAUAAGCACUGCAGAUCUUCAUAAAAUGUAUCCUACACCACCAUCAUUGGAACAACAUAUUAUGGGAUUUUCCCCAAUGAAUAUGAAUAAUAAAGAAUAUGGUAGUAUGGAUACAACACCUGGAGGAACUGUUCUAGAAGGAAAUAGUUCUAGUAUAGGAGCACAGUUCAAAAUUGAGGUUGAUGAAGGAUUCUGUAGCCCAAAACCUUCUGAAAUUAAAGAUUUUUCUUAUGUCUAUAAGCCUGAAAAUUGUCAAGUUCUAGUGGGAUGUUCCAUGUUUGCACCUCUAAAAACUCUACCAAGCCAGUGUCUGCCUACUAUCAAAUUGCCAGAAGAAUGUAUUUACCGUCAGAGUUGGACUGUUGGAAAAUUGGAAUUGCUUCCUUCAGGGCCUACAAUGCCAUUCAUCAAAGAGGGUGAUGGAAGUACUAUGGAUCAAGAAUAUGGCCCUGCUUAUACACCUCAAACUCAUGCUUCUUUUGGGAUGCCUCCUAGCAGUGCACCUCCUAGUAACAGUGGAGCAGGAAUUCUUCCUUCUCCAUCUACCCCUAGGUUUCCAACUCCAAGGACUCCAAGGACUCCAAGGACUCCUCGUGGAGCUGGUGGACCAGCUAGUGCUCAAGGUUCAGUCAAAUAUGAAAAUUCAGACUUAUAUUCACCAGCUUCCACCCCAUCCACGUGCAGACCCCUUAAUUCUGUUGAACCUGCAACUGUUCCUUCCAUCCCUGAAGCACACAGUCUUUAUGUAAACCUCAUUCUUUCAGAAUCAGUUAUGAAUUUGUUUAAAGACUGUAACUUUGAUAGUUGCUGUAUCUGUGUCUGCAACAUGAAUAUCAAGGGUGCCGAUGUUGGAGUUUACAUUCCAGAUCCAACGCAAGAAGCACAGUAUAGGUGUACCUGUGGCUUCAGUGCUGUCAUGAACAGAAAAUUUGGAAACAAUUCAGGAUUAUUUCUUGAAGAUGAACUAGAUAUCAUAGGACGCAACACAGAAUGUGGCAAAGAAGCAGAAAAACGUUUUGAAGCUCUCAGGGCUACUUCUGCUGAACAUGUUAAUGGAGGACUAAAGGAAUCUGAAAAAUUGCCUGAUGAGUUGAUAUUAUUGCUACAAGAUCAGUGCACUAAUUUAUUUUCACCUUUUGGAGCUGCAGACCAAGAUCCUUUUCCCAAAAUUGGUGUAACUAACAACUGGGUACGUGUUGAAGAGCGGGACUGUUGCAAUGACUGCUACCUUGCAUUAGAACAUGGGCGUCAGUUCAUGGAUAACAUGUCAGGAGGAAAAGUUGAUGAAGCACUUGUGAAAAGUUCAUGCUUACACCCCUGGUCCAAAAGAAAUGAUGUGAGUAUGCAGUGCUCACAAGAUAUACUUCGAAUGCUUCUAUCUCUUCAGCCAGUUCUUCAGGAUGCUAUUCAGAAAAAAAGAACAGUAAGGCCUUGGGGGGUUCAAGGUCCUCUCACUUGGCAACAAUUUCAUAAAAUGGCUGGCCGAGGCUCUUAUGGAACUGAUGAAUCCCCAGAACCACUGCCAAUCCCCACGUUUUUGUUGGGUUAUGAUUUUGAUUUUCUGGUGCUUUCUCCAUUUGCUCUCCCUUAUUGGGAGAGACUUAUGCUGGAACCCUAUGGAUCUCAAAGAGAUAUAGCCUAUGUUGUACUAUGUCCAGAAAAUGAAGCCUUGUUAAAUGGAGCCAAAAGCUUUUUUAGAGAUCUUACUGCAAUAUAUGAGUCGUGUCGAUUGGGUCAACAUAGACCUAUUUCUCGACUAUUGACGGAUGGGAUCAUGAGAGUUGGAUCUACUGCAUCAAAGAAACUAUCAGAAAAGUUGGUAGCAGAAUGGUUUUCUCAGGCAGCUGAUGGUAACAGUGAAGCAUUUUCUAAACUCAAGCUUUAUGCGCAAGUCUGCAGAUAUGACCUAGGUCCUUACCUUGCUUCCCAGCCAUUGGACAGCUCUCUACUUUCCCAGCCAAAUUUAGUUGCCCCUACAAGUCAGCCUUUGAUUACUCCACCUCAGAUGACAAGUACUGGAAAUGCUAAUACUCCAUCUGCCACCCUAGCAUCUACAGCAAGCAGCACUGUGACAAUGACUUCAGGUGUUGCCAUGUCUUCUUCAGUUGCCACAGCUAACUCAACUUUGACCACAACCUCAGCUUCAUCUUCAUCAUCCUCCAACUUGAAUAGUGGAAUGUCAUCAAAUAAACUACCUUCAUUUCCACCCUUUGGCAGUAUGAACAGUAGCGUUGCGGGAUCCAUGUCUACGCAAGCGAGUACAGUUCAGAAUGGCCAGCUAGGAGGGCAACCGCCAUCAGCUCUACAAACAGCUGGGAUUUCUGGAGAGUCGUCUUCGAUUCCCACUCAGCCACAUCCUGAUGUGUCUGAAAGCACAAUGGAUCGGGACAAAGUGGGCAUCCCCACAGAUGGUGAUUCACAUGCAAUCACUUAUCCACCUGCAAUUGUUGUUUAUAUAAUUGAUCCUUUUACAUAUGAAAACAAAGAUGAGAGCACUAAUUCUUCUAAUGUAUGGACUUUGGGGUUACUUCGAUGUUUUCUAGAAAUGGUACAGACUCUUCCUCCUCAUGUUAAGAGCACUGUUUCUGUACAGAUUGUUCCCUGUCAGUACCUGUUGCAACCUGUGAAGCAUGAAGAUAGACAAAUCUAUACCCAGCAUUUAAAAUCCCUGGCUUUUUCGGCCUUUACCCAGUGUCGGAGACCACUUCCAACAUCAACCAAUGUGAAAACAUUGACUGGUUUUGGUCCAGGUUUAGCCAUGGAAACUGCUCUUAAAAGUCCUGAUAGACCAGAGUGUAUUCGACUUUAUACACCUCCUUUUAUUCUGGCUCCAGUGAAGGAUAAACAGACAGAGCUAGGAGAAACAUUUGGAGAAGCUGGACAGAAAUACAAUGUUCUUUUCGUGGGCUACUGUUUAUCACAUGAUCAAAGAUGGAUUCUUGCAUCUUGCACAGAUCUGUAUGGAGAACUUUUAGAAACUUGUAUCAUUAACAUCGAUGUCCCAAAUAGGGCUCGUCGGAAAAAAGGAUCUGCUAGAAGAUUUGGUCUACAGAAACUUUGGGAGUGGUGCUUAGGACUUGUACAAAUGAGUUCAUUGCCGUGGAGAGUUGUAAUUGGCCGUCUAGGAAGGAUUGGUCAUGGAGAAUUAAAAGAUUGGAGCUGUUUGCUGAGUCGUCGAAACUUGCAGUCUCUAAGUAAAAGGCUGAAAGACAUGUGUAGAAUGUGUGGUAUAUCUGCUGCAGACUCUCCCAGCAUUCUCAGUGCUUGCUUGGUAGCAAUGGAACCCCAAGGCUCUUUUGUUAUUAUGCCAGAUUCUGUGUCAACUGGUUCUGUAUUUGGAAGAAGCACCACUCUAAACAUGCAGACGUCUCAGCUUAAUACCCCACAGGAUACAUCAUGUACUCAUAUACUUGUGUUUCCUACUUCUGCUUCUGUGCAAGUAGCUUCAGCUACUUAUACCACUGAAAAUUUGGACUUAGCUUUCAAUCCCAACAAUGAUGGAGCAGAUGGAAUGGGUAUCUUUGAUUUGUUAGACACAGGAGAUGAUCUUGACCCUGAUAUCAUUAAUAUCCUUCCUGCAUCUCCAACGGGAUCUCCUGUUCAUUCUCCAGGAUCUCAUUACCCCCAUGGAGGUGAUGCUGGCAAGGGUCAGGGUACUGAUCGGCUACUUUCAACAGAAUCUCAUGAUGAAGUAACUAAUAUUCUUCAGCAACCAUUGGCCCUUGGUUACUUUGUAUCAACUGCCAAAGCGGGUCCGUUACCUGACUGGUUCUGGUCAGCAUGUCCUCAAGCACAAUAUCAGUGUCCCCUUUUUCUUAAGGCCUCUUUGCACCUCCACGUGCCUUCAGUGCAAUCUGACGAGCUGCUUCACAGUAAACACUCCCACCCACUUGACUCAAAUCAGACUUCAGAUGUCCUCAGGUUUGUUUUGGAACAGUACAAUGCACUCUCCUGGCUAACCUGUGACCCUGCAAUCCAGGACAGACGCUCAUGUCUCCCAAUUCAUUUUGUGGUGCUGAAUCAGUUAUAUAACUUUAUCAUGAAUAUGCUGUGAUCUUCAUUUGAUGGAACUGUGCAAGAAAAGAACAAGGGAAAAAGAUAUUUCGCUGCAAGAUUAAGUUACAAUUAUCUUCUCAGUGAAAGUCAUUUGUGAUGGGGUCUAAUUCUUAUUACUUCAACAAAUAUUGUUUUGACUUGGGGGUAUGGGCGAUAACCCUGUUAUUUUUCAUAGACUAUACUGAACUCUUUAGGAUGAUGACUGAUCAUACAAAGCGUAUUAUAACAUUUUCGUAGCAAAAUUAACCUUUUUUUUCCAGUCACAGUAUUUGUGAAAAGUAAUGAGCCAUAGUACCCAGUCAUGUUAAAUGAAUAUUAAAAGCAUGGAGAAGGAAACAUGAGGAACAAUGAAUUUCAACAUAUGGCUUCAGAACAUCAAGAUGUUCUUGUAUUGGAUUAUAGUAUCUAGUAUUCAAAAUGCCUGCAUCUCUUAUUUAUUGUAAGUUUUUAAAUGUAUAAAUUGUCUUAUAUUUCUUAACCUCUUUUAUAAAAAUUUUCCUAGAAGGUUUAUACUGCCUUCUUGCUUUAAAGCAAUUGGUCUAAAAUAUAUGUAAUCGUCUUAAUUAAAAAGUUGCAGUAGGGUUGCUUUUAGAGUAUUAUUUUUUUGUAAGGGGGUGGGUGGGACAGUAAAUUUGUAUUGUCUUGAUGUACAGUUUAAUGGGGAUAGAGGGGGAAUAAUGUCCAUACCAUUGUGUGUGGAGGAUUUACAGCUAAGCUGUAGUUGCAGAGUACAUGUACAGUAAUGAAGUUCACUGUGUUUAUAAAUUGAAAAGGUACCGGGUCUUACAACAUUUUAUAUAUCAGUCACACCUUUACAGAAUAACAUGAUGGCAAUAUACAAGUGAUAUUGUUAGGUGGUUUAACUUAGAAUAAAAUGAGAAUUCUUCAGUUAUAUUUUGUACUAUGGUUUAGGGCUAUGACUAAUAUUUCAGGCCAUUUCCAGUGAAAGAAACUUAGUUUUACAAGAAAAACAUUUGCUACUGAAUGCUUAAACUAAUUUUGGUGUUUAAUGUUACAUGCUUACAUUUUUUGUUGUUGUUUUAACAGUGGCACAUCUAGGCAUGGGAAUAUUAUUACUUAUGAAAAUUAUCUUCAGGAUCUGCUAUAAGGUUGAAAUUUAGCCCAGCUCUAGGCAUUUUACAAAUUAUUUUAAGAGCAGUCACUCUUGAUUGACUUCUUUUUUUUUUUUUUUUUU